UGGGGCGGACGCGGUCCCGACAGGACGUAUACACCGUCUACGCUGCUCGUCGGCUGCGCGAUCGCGAGCGAACGGCGAAAGGAUCGUGUUCGGUGUGUGCUGGAGAGCGAGUGUGUGUGUGAGCGCGCGCGAGCGAGAGAGAGAGAGAGAGAGACAAGGACUCUUUUCAGAUAUAGUUGUGUGCGACUGUAAACGUGUUACUGUGUUGUGUGUUCGGUGAGACGUACCCAACCCUGUGCAUCAAAGAAGUUAGUGUUUCUGUUUUUGUGUGUGUGUGAGUGUGCGUGUGCCAUGGAUUUAAUAUCUUCACGCAACCAAAGGAUACGCGCACUUAGAAACAAAAGCAGAACGACAUUAUAAGAUGAAGUGAGCGUCGGCGAACGGUUAGCGGACUAUGGCGGGCAGGAGCAACCAUGGCGAUAACACCUGGAGGCUGCCGCUGCUGCUGCUGGCCUGCGUAUGCCAAGGCGCCGUCGGCGAGGAGGCGCGCGCGCCACGCAUCACGGAGCACCCCGUGUCGCAGGUCGUGCCGCGCAAGGACCCGGCCACGCUGAGCUGCCGGGCGGAGGGCGCGCCGACGCCGGCCGUGUCCUGGACCAAGGACGGCGAGGAGCUGCCGGCCGGCGCGGCCAACCGCGUCCUGCUGCCCGGCGGCAACCUCUUCUUCCUGAGCGUCGAGGCCAGCGACGCGGGCGUCUACCGCUGCGUCGCCGCCAGUGAGGCGGGUCAGGCCGUGUCCAAGAACGCCACCCUGGAGGUCGCCUACUUGCGGCACGAGUUUCGCGCCGUGCCGGAGAGCCAGCUGGUGACGACGGGCGACUCGCUGGUGCUGCAGUGCGGGCCGCCGCGGGGCCGGCCGGAGCCCACCGUCGUCUGGAGGAAGGACGGCCGCCGGCUGGACCUCGAGGACAAGCGCUCCCGCCUGCGCCUCGUGGACGGCAGCAACCUGGCCAUCAGGGACGCCCGGCCCGCCGACUCGGGCCACUACCAGUGCGUCGCCAGCAACGUGGCGUCCACCCGGGAGUCAUCCGUCGCCGUCGUGGAGGUCGGGGUCCCGCCCCGGCUGGUGCGCCGACCUUCGGACGCCACGGCCCUGGUGGGCUCCUCCGUGGUGCUGCGCUGUGAGGUGGCCGCGGACCCGGAGCCCGACCUGCUCUGGCGGCGGGGCCGCGGCCCCAACGGCAGCCUGGAAAUGCCCAAGGGCCGCGUGACGGUGCUGCCCGAUCGCUCGCUGAGGAUCACCGGCGUGCGCCUGUCAGACGCCGGCCAGUACGUCUGCGAGGCCGAAAACCGCGCGGGCUCCGUGACCACCAACCUCACGCUCUCCGUCGUAUCCGAGCCCACGCUCAGUCUGUCGCCGCCGCGGCUGCUGCGCCUGGAGACGGGCGCCACGGCCACCCUGCGCUGCGCGGCGGCCGGCGUGCCCGCGCCCCUCGUCACCUGGGCGCUGCGCGGCAACCGGACGGCGCUCCUGCCCGGCCAGCGCCUGGACCGGCUGUCGGUGGGCAGGGAGCGCCAGGGCGAGCGCGCUGUCGCCGCGGCCGUGCUCACCCUGGAGGCCGUGACGCCCGCCGACUCGGGCCGCGUGCUGGUGUGCGCGGCGGUGAACGCGGCCGGCGCGGCGGUGAGCCGCACCCGCCUGCUGGUGCUGGCCGGCGAGCAGUGGCCGCCGCCCGUCAUCGAGGUGGGUCCGUCCAACCAGACCCUGGCGGCGCACGCCACGGCCGUCAUGCCCUGUCGCACCGCCCACGGACGCCGCCCGCUCGCGGGCACCUCCAUCGCCUGGCACAAGGACGGCCAGCUGCUGCCCGCGCCCGGCCCCACGCCCGUGACGGCGCCCAGGAUCCACGUGGACGACUCUGGCGCGCUCCGCAUCCACGACCUGCGGGAGAGCGACGCGGGCGAGUACGCGUGCGUGGCGUCGUCCCGCAGCGGCCGCUACCGCUGGCGGGGCUGGCUGCGCGUGUCCCCGGAUGGCGCCACCCAGCACCGCGCCCCGGAGGCGGCAUCGCUGCCGGGGCCGCCCGGCCAGCUCCGCGCCAACGGCAGCGACCACGCCGUCAGCCUGUCCUGGCAGCGCACCACCAAGGUGGGGUCGUCGACCCUGCUGGGCUACCAGCUGGAGGUGCUGGCCCGGCCCGGCGGUGAGCACCGCGACGACCUGCCCGCCUGGGGCACGUUGACCCGGGUGCCCGCCACCUCCACGACGCACACCUUCGUGCCGCCUUCCGACGACGACGCUUACGUGUUCCUGGUGCGCGCUUACAACUCGCAUGGACUCUCGCCGCCCUCGGACGUGGCGGGGCCCGUGGUCCGCGACGAGGACGGGCGGUGGGUUGUGCGAGGGGACGACGCUGGCGCCACGCCGGAGGAGGACCUAGCCGACGUGCAGGACGCACUAGACCACGCCCCCGUUGUGCGGCUGACGGAGGUGGUGGUCGCCUCGCCGACGUCCGUGAAGGUGCUUUGGGACGUGCUGGACCCGGACCAGAUGGAGGGCCUGAGCAUCUACUGGUGGUCGGAGGCCGCGACGGCCGAGACGGACAACCAUGCCGAGUCCGCGGCGGCACAGGCCGGCGAGGACGUGGCGCUGCAGUCGCUGACGGUGCAGACGCAGGCGGGCGGCCCCGGCCUCGGCUUUCUGGUGACGGGGCUGCACAGCUUCACUGCCUACCACUUCUUCCUCGUGCCCUUCAACCAGCAGGGCGAAGGGCGGCCGUCCAACUCGGCGAGGGUGAGGACGCUGCCCGGCGCGCCCUCCGCGCCGCCGACCCGCCUCGAGGCCACGCUCAUCAACGGCAGCACGGCGCUGGUCAAGUGGUCGCCGCCGCCCGCGUCCCACCAGAACGGCCCGCUGCAGAGCUACCAGGUGCUGGUGCAGGCCGGCGAGGAGCUCGUGAGCAACGUGACGCUGUCCACGCUGUCCGAGGACGGCGCGCUGCAGCUGCUGCUGUCCAACCUGUCCAGCGCGUACCACGUGAGCGUGGCGGCGGCCACGGCGGCGGGGCUGGGGCCCUUCAGCGCGCCCAUCACCGUGCGGCCGGCCGCCCCCGUGGGGCAGCACCACAGGGACGGCGCCGCGGACACCGCGGCGGACGGCGGCCAGCUGCUGACGGAGACGUGGUUCAUGGCGCUGCUGGGCAGCAUGGUGGCCGUCAUGGUGCUCCUCUUCUCUGCCAUCAUCUUCCUGCACCGCCGCCAGCACCGCGCCAACAAGGAGACCUUCCUCGGCUUCUACGACUGCGGGUCGGGUGGUCCGGUGCUGACCACGCCGCUGACGCUCAAGGCCUCGGAGGGCAUGCCGCACCCGCUAUCGGCGCCGCUGUCGCCGCCGCGGUGCCUCGUGCCCCAGGACACGUACGGCGCCAAGUACGUGGCCGCCGGGCACCCGGGGCACCCCCACCAGGGCCGCAUCGAGGACCUCAUGCUGCCCGAGUACGCCGAGGCCAACGACGCGCAGUACGACCCCGGCAUGUCGCAGGGUUCUACUAGUAGCAAGUCGUACUACGCGGAGGUCCGCAACCCCCACCUGUUGAGCACCUUCCAGUCAUCGUGCCCGCUGGGUGGCUCCCAGCACGGCUCCCAGCACGGCUCCCAGCACGGCUCGCAGCACGGCUCCCAGCACAGCUCCCAACUCGGGACGCACCGCACGGACACCGGCAGCAGCGGGUACGGGCCGGGCGCCGCCCCGUACGCCACCACCACUCUAGUCUGCAGCGCGCGCACUACGGCGCCCUGCUCGUCCAGCUCCACGAGCUGGAGCCAGGAGAACGAGCGGUACCCCUGCGCUUCGUACUCCGACCCGGACAGCCGUGCUGGUCUCAUGUGCAGUCCGCGGUCCCCCGGCGGCGGCUCCGGCGGCUCCGGCGGCCCCGGCCACUACGACAACUACAACUACUCGGCGCACUGCUCGCACCCAGGCAGCCCCUCCCCGCUGGACCACCGCGGUGCGGCGCUCAGCCUGCAGGCGCGGGGCGCUCUGGCAGGUUCGAACCCCGGCGCUGCUGGCGAUGCCGGAACCCUCGCCAGGGAGAACAGGAGGCUCAAGCUCCUCAGGCGGCAGCUCAACCGCUCCGUGCACGCCAAGGGGCUGCCCCCGUCCGGUCACCAGUCUUCGCAGCUGCAGCUGCUGCUCCGCUCUAGUCCAUCCAGCUCGCGCAGCGGCAGCUGCAGCACCCAGGGCGGUGGCUCCCAGGGCGCCUCGCCGCCAGAGGACGCCGUCGACGAGCCCCACCACCAGGUCCAGCACCACGCGGCGCCCAUGGCCGUGCUACGCCAGGAGCCCUGCGACUACACGAGCAGCGGCAGCAGCAGCUGCAGCCGGCGGUACGGCAGUGGCGGCAGCAGCAGCGGCAGCGGCGGCGGCAGGGGAAAGGGCAAGGCGGGCUACAGCGGGCUGCCGCGGAGGGACCCCUGAGCUGCGGCCAUGCCCGAGCUUUACCAUUUGCUGGACAUUUGGAUCAAGCUUUGCGCGUUUAAGAGCAUAAGCAUGUUUGGCUCAACGCUUCAGACGAGUUCCCCAUUUAUUUAAGGCGCAAAGAAUCUGUCAAAAGAGUCUCGCCGACAUGCCUUCCGCUACGAAGGGAAGACCAAAUAAAUUAUUGUGAGAGCUGUCUCGCAUAUUCUUAUACUCUACCGCUGGCCAUCCGCAUGGCCGGCCGCUGACUCAUAGUUAAAGACUGCCCAAUAAAGACUGCAUAGCAGUCCCCAUUAUGAUUUCCCUUGCUGUGAUUGUUUUCCCUGUGUUUUAGGUGUAAUUUAAUUGAUUAUCUAGUUCUAAGAUUGUUACAAUUAUUCUUCUUAGCAGCUUGGUAAAUUUAUUCUAAUUCGACCCCGCAAAAUUUUGUAUGGAAAUGAAAUUAAUGCCGGGGUAUGUUAAAAAUGUUAUCAAGUUUACCAUCGGCUUACAGUAUUGCCCGAAACCGCUUUAUUUAUUUAUUGAAAGACUUUAACUGCAUAUAAAUGCCCUACAACUGCGUGGGUCUCUUUUUGUUACAUACUUUCUUCGUUUGUUUUUUUGUACAUCUUGUAACAUAAUGCCACGCAUAUUGCGUCCAUAAAUUUUGUAAUAUAUGUAAAACUGUUUCUUUUGUAAUAAAAAGAAAGAACAUUGGAAACCAUUGAAA